AUGUAUACUAGUAUAAAUCUUCAGACAAUCCAAUGAUUUUUUGGACUCAUUACAACCUAUUCUGACUAGAGAGCGAAUCCAUUUUACGAAAACUAUACUCUUUCAGUUUCUCUAAUCCUCCGUAGCUGAAAGAAACAACAGCUGAUCAACUUGAGAAGAAGAAUGGAUGCUUCUGGUAAUCUCACUUCUUUAUCAGAGGAGUCGGAACAGGAAUCUGUACAUCCUUCUUCGGAGUCGGUCUUCUCUAAUGUUCCUCCUCUUCCUCCUCUCGAGUUUUCUUUGCAAAAAUACUCGCAGUUAGAUUGGACAAGUUAUUUUGACCAGGAAGAUGAUAUUUGCAUACCAGAAACUGAAAAUGUGUUUCAUGUAUACAAGGCUGGUUCAGAAGGUCCUGUUGUAUUUUGUUUGCAUGGAUGCGGAUACGCUGGGCUUUCAUUUGCAUUGUCAGCAAGUAAGAUUAAGGAAAAAGUUCGGGUUGUCUCAAUGGACUUAAGAGGUCAUGGAAAGUCUAUUACGGAUAAUGAUUUGGACCUGUCAAUUGAGACUUUAUGCACUGAUGUGUUGGCUGUUAUAAAGACAAUGUAUGAAGAUUCCCCCCCUGCGAUUGUACUCGUUGGACACAGCAUGGGAGGUUCUGUUGCUGUGCAUAUUGCUGCUAAGAGAAUAUUACACAGCUUGGCUGGACUUGUAGUUGUGGACGUUGUUGAGGGAACAGCCUUGGCUUCAUUGAUCCACAUGCAAAAAAUUUUAUCCAGCAGAGUGAAGCAUUUUUCGAGCGUGGAAAAAGCUAUUGAAUGGAGCGUCAAAAGUGGUUCCUUGAGAAAUAUUGAUUCUGCCCGUGUGUCAAUCCCUGCGACAUUAAAGUAUGAUGAUUCAAAGAAAUGUUACAUUGCCCAAGAGGGUCUUGAAGAAACAGAAAAAUUCUGGCGAAGCUGGUAUGCAGGCCUUUCAGAUAAAUUUUUAUCUUCUCCUGUCCCAAAGCUUUUGUUAUUGGCAGACACCGAUAGACUUGACAGAACUCUCACUAUAGGUCAAAUGCAAGGCAAGUUUCAGAUGGUGGUAGUCAGACACACCGGACAUGCCAUACAGGAGGAUGUCCCUGAUGAAUUUGCAACACUCAUCCUCAAUUUCAUCUCUAGAAAUCGGAUAGGCCCCCAUGGCAUUGAGAUACCUGUUCUUCGUAAGCCAUCUAAAUCGGAUGCUUGAAUUUCAUAUGUUAUUAGACGAAAGAAGACAGAUACGUAUAUAAACCUAAGCAUGGCAUGUCGGCAUUUGAGCUGAACCAACAUCGAGGGAAAAAUGUAUGGGUAGCAUGUGUACCAAUCUUUACGGUUUUUCAAAAAUGCCCUACUAGCAUUUUCCAUGCAGUAUACAUGUCAUCUUAGUUACUUUAUGCAACUCUAGCUAAUUGUGAGAAUAAAUAAAUUUUUGCUCCUAGGUGAUGUAAUUCUUUUCCCAUGGAUACAUCGCUUAUAAGAUUUUCGUAACUUCUAGUUGUUUGUUCGUGAUAGUUUGAGAUGGUUUCUGUGUAGGAUAUAUGUGAUUUUGGUUGCCCUUAUUUUUAUGUUCCUUAAAGUGUAUUUGUGGAGCCAAAAAUAAUGCCAAUCUGUCUGAACUGACAAUGCCAUCCGAAAGAAUCGGAAUAACUUGGUGCAGGAUGCUUCUUCCUGGUUAUAGUAUUACAGGUUCCUCAUUGUUG